AGUUGCGCUGGUCCGAGCGGCUCCUGAUUGGCUGCUGCCGGACGAAGCAUCUGUGGCUCGCGCUGUGCCAGCUGUCCUCGCGCACUCGGCUGGUGCUGGGCAACGGAGAGAAGCUCCUACAGAGGAGGACCAGGGUAUCUGCGACGAAAGGGACUAUGGCUGCUAACAUGGGGUCCAUGCGUAUUCUCAUCAAGGGAGGGAAAGUGGUCAAUGAUGACUUCACCCAGGAAGCAGAUGUCUAUAUUGAGAAUGGAAUCAUACAGCAGGUUGGAAAGGAACUCAUGAUACCAGGUGGGGCUAAAGUGAUCGACGCCUCUGGAAAGCUGGUGUUACCGGGCGGAAUAGACACCAGUGUUCAUCUGCAGCAGACAUUCAUGAAUGCCAGCAUCCAGGAUGACUUCUACAGUGGGACCAAGGCGGCUCUGAUGGGUGGUACCACCAUGGUGAUGGGUCUAGUCCUGCCUGAACAACACUGCUCCCUGCUGGACGCCUACGAGCAGUGUCGAGCUCUGGCUGAUGCCAAGGCGUGCUGUGACUACGCUCUGCAUGUCGGUGUGACCUGGUGGGGCCCAAAGGUGCGCAAUGAGAUGGAGACCCUGGUGAGGGAGCACGGGGUAAACUCCUUCCAGAUGUUCAUGGCCUAUAAAGACAUGAUGAUGCUGCGGGAUUCAGAGCUCUACCAGACGCUGCAGACCUGUAAGGACAUCGGGGCCAUUGCACGUGUGCACGCCGAGAAUGGAGAGCUGGUGGCAGAGGGUGCCAAAGAAGCUCUGGAUUUGGGCAUCAGUGGACCAGAGGGAAUAGAGAUCAGUAGACCAGAGGAGCUGGAGUCUGAAGCUACUCACAGAGCUGUCACCAUUGCUAACCGGGCCCGCUGCCCCAUUUAUCUGGUGAAUGUGUCCAGUAUUUCUGCUGGAGACAUGAUCGCUGCUGCUAAGAUGCAGGGUAAGGUGGUCCAUGCAGAGACCACAGUAGCUCACGCUGUGCUGAAUGGGAUGCAGUAUUACCACCAGGACUGGGCUCAUGCUGCUGCUCACGUCAUCGCCCCUCCACUCCGCAUCGACCCAAACACACCUAGCUACCUUAUGGGCCUACUGGGCAAUGACACUUUGAGCGUUGUGGCAUCAGAACACCGUCCAUUUAGCACCAAGCAGAGAGCUCUGGGUAAAGAGGACUUCACUAAGAUCCCACAUGGAUUGGCUGGUGUCCAGGACAGGAUGAGUGUCAUCUGGGAGAGGGGAGUGGUUACAGGUAAAAUGGAUGAGAAUCGUUUUGUGGCAGUAACCAGCUCUAAUGCUGCAAAGAUCUACAACCUGUACCCACGCAAAGGCCGGAUCAUCGCUGGAGCCGACGCUGAUGUUGUGGUCUGGGACCCAGAUGCAACAAGGACGAUCUCUGUGAGCACUCAGGUGCAGGGCGGAGACUUCAACCUGUAUGAGGGGAUGCGCUGCCACGGCGUUCCUCUGGUCACCAUCAGCCGUGGACGUUUGGUGUGUGAGAAUGGCGUGUUUAUGUGCGCCGAGGGAUCUGGGAAAUUCUACCCACAGCGCACUUUCCCUGACUACCUCUAUAAGAAGAUGGUCCAGAGAGAAAAGAGCCAGGCCUUUAAAGGGGUAGUCAGGGAUCCCUACUCUGGUGAUGUGGCCAAAGUUGCAAACGCUAUGAAGAAGGAGCUUGGUUUGGGCCCCAUAGAUGGAGGGGCCCAAAUCGACAAAUCCUGUAGUCGGGUGCACCAGGGAGUCCGAGACCUCCAUGAGUCCUCCUUUAGCCUCUCAGGGUCUCAGGUCGAUGACCACAUCCCGAAGAGGUCCUCCGCUCGGAUCUUGGCCCCUCCUGGCGGCCGCUCCAGUGGUAUCUGGUAAUCACUGGUGUUGGACUUUCAACCGUCCGAGCCUCCGUGUUUUGUAUAUUUCUUACCAACCAGGAAAACUGCACUGAUUUUUAAUCACAGGAUUAAAGUCAAAAGAGGGAAAUAAAUUCAAACUUUUCUGUGAUUGGUGACAACCUAACCGAUGGUCAGUGAUUUGCCAAAGUGACUUUUACAUAUCUAAUUUGUGUCUUAAUUGGAGUGACUGACAGGAUUAAUUUCACAAAAGUGAAGGGCUAACUAUGAGUUUAAAAUGUUUUGCCAAAUUCAAGCUGAUCCAACUAACAUUGAUAAAGCCUGCUCAUUAUCACCCUGCUUGUAUCUCGUGAAGAAACUAAACUGUGAAAGAUCAAAACCAGUACAGUUUUUGAUGGUUUGAACUGAAGUGAUGUCAACUGAAUUAUGUAAAAAUAGUAAACUUGGAUUCAGUGAAAUAUCUAUUAUACCCCUGUCACACACAAGCGUACAGCACACUGUAGACACCAUAGCUUUAGACUCAUAUGAAGACGUGUGUGGAUUCUAUUUGUGACUAAACCACCCACUGCGCUUGGCUUCCAGUUGCAUCGUGGGUUCCUCUAACAGUGUUUUUGUAUCCAAUGGAUGAACUGUGCUGUGUGGUGAUGAAAUCCAACUGCUUCAAACACUGUGCAAUCUUACAGCUACACUCUCUAAACAGAGUCAGACUUGACCCCAUCCAUCUUUCUACUUUCACUGCCUAUGGCUGAAAUAAACACAUAUCCCAGAAACUUCCCCACUUCACCUGCAAUGUAGCAGGGUCGGUAGGCUGAGUUAUGGAAGAACACAGCCUGUGGGCUUAUCUGGGAUUGUAAAUUUGGUCUGAGUUGUGGUCCCACAACAGCUAAAUGUAAGCAUUACUGUCUUCAUCUUUGUUGUAUCUACAGACUUUGCAAAGUACAUGAAGGGAAGACAGGUCAGUUUCUUAAAGAACAACGAGCAUGUGAUAAAGAUCGUAGUGGAAUAAAUGGGAGGAAAAGUCUUCUGUUGUUGUGCUUCUGCUAAUACAAAACAUAAGAAUAAGUAUUGUUGUGAUCACAUAAAUAGAUGGGGAAUGCAGUGCCUUCUCAUUCACCAGAGAGAUCACUCGGAGCCUCCUGAGCAAAGGCAGGAAACUCUGAGGCCUCAUUUAUCAAAACAAGCUCUAAACACACAAUUAACAAAGAUAAAUCUGACCUAUUCUACAGUAUUUGCUCUGUAAACACGCUUAUUCACAGAAAGAAAUCUACCUGAAGUGGAGUAUACUGUCACCUUUAAUCUGAGCGUCCUUGAAACAUACAGAUAGAGUUUUGCUGUCUGUUGUUUUUCUGAUUUAUUGACAAUAUGAAAAAUAUAGAAUAUUAACAGAGUUACUGAAAAGUAGUAGUAGUGUAGCUACUAAGGAAGACACAUAGGGACAAUGAUGUCAAGAUUCCAUGAAAAAAGGUUCAACUUACCCAGAACAUUUGCAACUUGCUUACCUGUUGAAGAUUUUACAUUUUAAAAUGUUAGAUUUAAAUUAAAAUGACAGAAAAUAUUGAAUUAUUUGAAGUCCAAGGCUAUGUGUUUUUUUUGGUGGCAUCGUUAUCCCUGUGGUUACACUGUUCUACCACAAUCAAUUUCUUUCACUGAAUAAUCCAGUUUCGUGAAUAGAAAUAAGUGUUUGUGCAGUUUACACACAAUGUACAUUUAUUAAAUGAGGCCUCAGAUGCAUAAAAUGACCUGAAAGUAAAAGACUAAAUCUAGAAUUAGUUGUUGAGUGUCAACAGCAUCUCAUGGAUGUAGUGCAGUUUGAAAGUAAAGCUGUCCAUCUAAUGGAAAAUGAAGCAGGGUUGUUAUUAGAGCAGUGUUUCACCACAGAGCAGGAAGAUUGAGCUGCACAGGUUGAACAAAGCCACUGAUCCUCUCACCUCCUGAUGAUGUCUCAUUCCUGCCUACCAGUAUUAUAUUUAUACAUGACCAUGUCUUGUCCAUGUACUCUAUAUAGUUAGUAUGUUUGUUUUUCUUUUUUUUGUUGAAAGAGUAAAUGUGCCAAUAUGAAUCACCUGUCACACUGAUGAAAAUGCAUGAAGAGCACCACACGGAGAUGGAGGAGUGAAGUCUCACUGAACACCGCAGGUUCACAAAAACUGGUGCUGUUUUUCUACGAUUACUUACAACCACUCUAUUUUAUUGUUGGAUGGAUUUGUUGUUUUGAAGGCACUGUGAUUACUCAGUGGCUAUGUGUGUUUGUAGAUUCUUGUUGUGUUGGAUAGUGAACCUGUUGAAUCUGUAAGUGGCUGCUUGUUUCUUACCACAAGAAUAACAGCAAAAGAAUAAAGCGAAAAAAAGAGGAAAAAAA